GUUUGCUAUUUGGACAUUAUUAUGUGCAGUGCUCAGGGUGUUCUUCUACUUCCUUGUUUUUGCCUAGCUGCACAUUGGAUCAGGACUCCUGGGGUGCACCACCUCCUUCCUGAGAAAGGUGUUCUUCAUUAAAUAAUAGCAACAAACAGCCUGAGCUUGACAUUUGGCGCACUUGGCAAAGGUACUAAUUUCGUUCCAUCCUAUCAUUUACGAGUACUAUGACAUUCAUUCUUAGGUACACAUAAGGAACCUAAAAAAGUGUAUUCAUAUCAUAACAUUUUCUCUGCCAUUUAGCCUAUUUAUUUAAUAAGAGUAAUUUGCAUAGUUACUUAGUCCUAAGUCAUUACUAAACGAAGACAUAAAAGGAAUAGAGUAAUAAAUGAGAAGCAACAAAGUUAAAGCGAGAUUUGUCAUAUAUCUCGAUGUACUGUUCGGUAUGGAUGGUAUAUAUCGGUCUAAUAGAAGAUCAAUAUGAGUGGGAUAUAUCAUUCUGUUGGUAUCUUCCAUCGUAUCAUAUGUUGGUAUGUAUCGUAUCGACAGUCGAUCGAUACAAUGGUAUGGACCAAUAAGGUAAAUCAUGAGUUAAAGAUGGAAAACUGAUUUAAGAUAUAAGAAAGAUUGAAUUUUGAACUAAAAGAGAAAGACAUUUGUUGGUAAUUUCUUAUUUCAAACCUUUUUUAAUUCGAACUCUAUGGCGUAGAUGAUUGCACAUGGGCAUUUAGUACUCGGUGGAGUACUUGUGCUGAAAAUUAAUAAUCAAACUUGAUUGUGUAAAUUAAUAACCAGGCUAGCAUUUGUUAUGAUGGCUAUCAAAACCACUUCUUUGGUUUACUAGAUUAUUCUCAAUGGUGUUGAUCAACCUUAUAUUCAAUUUUUUUUGUGUAUUCUAACUCAACUAUAUACUAGCAGGCUGUAGCACUAAUCAAUCAAUGUUGUUUCUUGAUUAGUGGUAGUGUACCAAAUCCAUUUAUUAGCUGUCUAGUAAUUGAAAUCCCAUCCUAUAAUUUUUUUAUUUAUUUUUUACAUAUACUGGUUUGAUGAUAGUACACCUGAUGAUCCACUUAUAAAAGAUUGACGGUCGAACCCUCAUCCAAUAAGCCUUUUUUUUUUUUUUGAACUUACCACUUUUGAAAAAAAAAAAUGUUGCUUGUCGAGGACAACUUAUUGAUGACUAAACUAGAUUAAUCUUAUAUGCUUUAUGCGACUAAUCUCUCUCUCUCUCUUCUCUCUUGUUAUCGUUUACCUGUGUUCCAUCUUCUAUCUAGUGGCAUUCUGAUCUUUAGUGUUAUUUCACCAAGGCAUAGUUGGGAUUAUACAUUUCUCUCGAUCCAACAUGAUGUAACCAAAACACUAUCCAUUCUAGAGAAUUUGGGGCAAUUUUUGGUAUUCUUUGUGUAUUAAAGUUUGAUGGACAUCCAAAUGAACAUCCAAAUGCACAGCCAAAGAAGCUCCUUGGGUGCUUCACUUCCUUUCUCUCGAAACAUCAAAGAAUUUCCCAGACAAGGACAAUGCUGUUCUCAAGUCAACCUUGAUAACCUAGUUUGAUGGAGAAUGUUCUCUCCCAAAAAAUUAAAAAAACACAAAUAAAUAAAUAAAGGCUUGAUGGAGUAUCUUUGUAUUCCAUCACACACAGCACAACAUUUGUUUUUAAGGUGAAAGGUCCCACAAAAAAAAGAAAAAGAAAAAGAAAAACAUCAUGAACUCAAAUCAAUAUGGAAGAGGCCCACAACACAGCAUUAUAAACUCUAAUCACUCAUGUAAGUGUGCUUUAUUUUACACUAAACAGCCGCACUUUGAAAGCUUUUCACAAGAUAGAUGUUUAAUCUAUAGAUGUAGCUUUGUUGCAGCUUUCUGAGUGUGAUAUGUUUUAAUAUAUACAGACAGAUUGGUAGCUUCGCAUAAUAUAUAUUCCCAGUGUCUUAACUGAUACAGUUUCCCAAAUAAGUUGGCCAUGUCUUUUCACCUUAGUCUUAUGAUCAUCUUCUGAUGGAACAUUUUUAUCAAUUUGAGUAGCACUAAAUUGCCUGCCUUAAAAAUUCAUGGGUGGAUUCAUAGACUUUGUGCUACAUCUGUAACAUCACAAUAUAUAUUCUUCUAUUAACUGAAAUGAGGUGGUAGUAGUAGUAGUAGUAGCAGUACAAGUUGGUUAGGUUUGUGCCUAAACCUUGUGUCUCAACAAUUUUCAUGUGCGAGUGAUCGUCCACACAGCUUUAUGUGCAUCAAAUGUCAGCAAAUUUAUUUCCUACCACUUUUUGUGUCUCCUCUCAUCUAUUUCCUGUUGCAGCAAUAAAUUAUUCCCAUUGUGAUUAAACUAGAAAAUGCUGUUGGUUGAUUAUACUUACCUAAUAAUGAAAAUACCACAAUUCAGUCUUAUAAUGAUUAUAACUCAGUAAGGACAAGCAUUUUAAACUAGUGAUUCCAGCUCAUAUGAUCUCGAUAUAUGUGUGGUAGAUCCAUUGGUGGUCAAUAAUGUUGUGGGGUUAGGCAACAUUUACGCCAUAAUAAUUAAGAGAAUGUCGAGUGAAACCCACAAUUAAAGGAGAAAAGAACAAAAAAUAAAAAAAGAGGAAUGAGAACAAAAUUAAUGGAUGCUUGAGCUUUGUUCAUAACAUGUGAGUUAUAGUAGUGGUGAUGGUGAUUGAUGACGAGAGAGAUUGGAGAUGGCAGAGCUGCAUCUGUAUAAUUAGCUCGCCACAACCUCUCACUCGCUCUUCACUAUCUCCUCACCUCUGCAGCUGAUCUAAUGCCAGCGUUGAGGCCUUCCCCAUAAGAGUAGGAGAAGUCCCGCUUCUUUCUCUCAGCCUAACUCAUUUUUGGAUAAGAGCAGAAGAAUCCUUCUCAUCUGUUGAGCACCAACAUCCUCCGGAUCCACUCUCCUCUCUCUCUCUCUCCUCUCCCUCCUACUUCUACUUAUACCAGUGCAGGAGCCAACCAUGGAAUCCUUGUGAAGAGAAGAUCAUUGGUGGUCUCCGUGCGCGCCACUGCCGACCCCACUCCUCGCCAGAUCUUUAGCUUCAUGAAGCGUUGGCGAGAAGCCGAAUGCAAACGAGUCCAUGACCCAUUCUACGCCGGAGACGGCCGUAAGGUGGCGGUGAACCCUGUCGAGAUCGACGGGAAGUGCAUAUGGGUGCUGGGGCCGAUCAUCGUGGGCGGCGGCCCGUCCGGGCUGGCCGUCGCCGCCUGCCUCAAGAAGAAGGGAAUCCCGUGCGUCGUCCUCGAGCGCGCCAACUGCGUCGCCUCGCUGUGGCAGCUCAAGGCCUACGACCGCCUCCGCCUGCACCUCCCCAAGAAGUUCUGCGAGCUGCCGCUGAUGCCGUUCCCCUCGUGGUUCCCUACCUACCCCACCAAGCAGCAGUUCGUGGCCUACCUCGACGCCUACGCCCGGGAGUUCGGCAUCCGGCCUCGCUUCGACGAGGCGGUCGUCGCCGCCGAGUACGACGCGGUGGUCGGAUUCUGGAGGGUGAAGACGGCGGUGGUCAAUCAGGGCAGGGAGGAGGGCGGCAGGGAGUACAUGUGCCGGUGGCUGGUGGUGGCCACCGGGGAGAACGCGGAGGCGGUGGUGCCAGGUUUCGACGGCGCAGGGGACUUCAAGGGGCCCAUCCUGCACACGAGCCUGUACAAGAGCGGCGACGCCUUCCGCGGCAAGCGGGUCCUCGUCGUCGGCUGCGGCAAUUCCGGCAUGGAGGUCUGCUUGGAUCUCUGCCACCACGGUGCCCACCCCACCAUCGUCGUCAGGGACUCGGUGCACAUCCUGCCACGGGAGAUACUCGGACGCUCCACCUUCGGCUUAUCCAUGUGGCUGCUCAGGUGGCUGCCGGUGCGCGCGGUCGAUCGACUGCUGCUGCUCGCUGCCCGUCUCCUGCUAGGAGACACAGCCAAGCUUGGCCUGCCGCGGCCGCAACUCGGGCCGCUCGAGCUCAAGUUGCGCUCCGGCAAGACCCCGGUCCUCGACGUCGGCACCCUUGAGAAGAUCAAAUCGGGAGCCAUCAAGGUGCGACCUGCUAUCAAGAAGCUCAUGGAACAUGGAGCGGAGUUCACGGACGGCAGAUGGGAGGGAUACGAUGCUGUCGUUCUAGCGACUGGCUACAAGAGCAACGUGCCCUACUGGCUCAAGGAGCAGGAGUUCUUCUCGGAGAAGGAUGGGCUGCCGAGGAGGGCCUUCCCCUAUGGCUGGAAAGGUGAGAGAGGGCUUUACGCCGUCGGAUUCACCAAACGCGGGUUGAUGGGUGCUUCCCUGGACGCGACGAGGAUUGCCGAGGACAUCGAGCGAUGCUGGAAGGCUGAAGUGAAGACGACGAUGGCCUUCGCAUGCGCACCAACACGACAAGCGCAAGAAUGAGAGGCUUUGAGGGGUUGAUUGCAGGAGGAGGGAAUCAUGUAAUGACUAACUUAUCUGUACAGACGUAUAUUGCCACAAAGAGUUGUUGGAGUCAAAAUCUUUGUUUUAUGUCUAAUGCAAUAAAACAGACAAAUCAAACUGA